AUGUCAGGCGCUGGAAGGGUAUGGUGUGCGUGGUGGCUGCAGGCUUUGAAUUUGCUGAGUUUGCUGUGCCUAGUGGUCGAUGCAGCAAAGGAUGCAUCCUGCUUGAUUCAAGUGAACCAGCCAGCUGCAAGUCUCUCUGCGACAAGCACGCUGGACCAAUGGAUCCCACGCAUGAUGAGCUUCCCCGUGACGACACGAGAGCCGUGGAUGCGAUCUCAAGGCAUACAGGACCUCUUCAUCAGGGAGAUUUUCCAACACAUCGGCGUCAGCAGCAAGUACUACGUGGAGUUUGGCUACGACGCGGCCAGCUUUGAGCAGCAGGCACAGUGUGGGCCAAACACAGGGGCUUUACGUGAUCAGGGUUGGACUGGGCUACUGCUCGAUGGGAAUCACGAGAAUGCGUCCAUCAACCUCCACAAGCACUUCCUCUUCCAAAACAAUAUCGUGGACCUUUUCAAGAAGUACAAAGUGCCAAAAGACCUGGGCUACUUGUCUGUGGACAUGGACUCACACGAUUUUUUCGUUUUAAAGUCCAUCCUCAAUGGAGGGUACCGUCCUGCUUUGUUCACAGCGGAGUACAAUGCAAACUACGGCGGCAAGCCGAUCGCGAUCACCAUGCUUGAUCCAACGCUGCCCACAGGUGAAGUUCCGAAAGGCUUUGAGUUUAAGUUUUCGGGGUGCUCCUGGGGCGCCUCGGCAUAUGCCCUGAACAUGUUGGCCGAGGAGCACGGCUAUAAGCUGAUCGGCCGCGUGGACAUUCUGGACUUGUGCUUCCUCCGCAAGGACCUCAUCUCUCCUGACUGGGAGGUUCCAAGCUUCGACUGGUACUUCCAAGGCGGAAAAGGCACCCGAAAGAUGCACCAAGACCAGACCGAUGCGAAGAUCUUGGACCGCAUGGCCGACUACACGACCUGGAGGGAGACCGGCGACCUUCAGGCUGCGAAGAAGCGGGCAUCUGAACUGCUGAAGCAGCAGAUGGGAGGCACUACUUGUUGGUCGCAGGUGGUGAGAUAG